CAAGCAGUGCAGGUGAAGUACCUCCGAGCCCGUCUGGAUGUGUGCGCUCCGCGUUCCAACCUGCGCCUCAGCGAAUCGGCGCAGCUGCACGGAGACGUUGAGUUUAUAAAAAUCACACCGCUGCUGCAAGGAGCCUUUUUUAUGGAGCCCUUGGCCAGUCCAACAAUCGCUCAUCGGCUUCCUGCUCAGUUUGUUUGAUGAGGGGGAAAAUGGACGCUCGGAUUGCUCUGGUCCUGCUGUGCGCUAUGAGCGGUUCGGCGGAUCGUUUUGAGGCUGAGGAAGCACGCGUUAAACUCCAAGAGGAUGUGAUCGAUUACAAGGAUCCCUGCAAAGCUGCCGCCUUUCUAGGAGACAUUGCUCUGGAUGAAGAAGAUCUUCGCUUGUUUAAAGAGGCAUACAGCAAGAAUGAAGAGAAGCAGUCUGACAACACAAACUCAGCUGAUAAUUCCACCUCCAGCAAAAGCAUCCAGAGAACAGCAGACAGCCAGAGUGUUCCCCGUCAGAAGAGAGCAGCCACCUCCAGGCCAGAGCGGGUGUGGCCGGAUGGCAUCAUCCCAUAUGUGAUCAGUGGGAAUUUUAGUGGCAGCCAGAGAGCCAUAUUUCGUCAGGCCAUGCGGCACUGGGAGAAACACACCUGUGUGACUUUUACAGAGAGAACAAACGAGGAGAGCUACAUUGUUUUUACCUACAGGCCUUGUGGCUCAACAGGUGGGAUCCCAAGGCGUACCCUGGACAACGUGGCAGAGGACUGCUGCUCCUACGUGGGGAGGAGAGGCGGUGGGCCCCAGGCCAUCUCCAUCGGGAAGAACUGUGAUAAGUUCGGCAUCGUGGUUCAUGAACUGGGCCACGUGGUCGGCUUCUGGCACGAACACACACGUCCAGACCGCGAUGAGCACGUUGACAUCAUUAGAGACAACAUCCAGCCAGGACAAGAGUACAACUUCCUGAAGAUGGAGCCGGGCGAGGUGGACUCCCUGGGAGAGGUGUACGACUUCGGCAGCAUUAUGCAUUAUGCAAGGAACACAUUCUCCAGAAGCAUCUUCUUAGACACAAUCUUGCCCCGUUAUGAUGUUAACGGGGUCAGACCAUCCAUUGGACAGAGGACCAGGCUCAGCAAAGGGGACAUCGCUCAAGCCCAAAAACUCUACAAAUGUGCAAGAUGCGGGGAAAGCCUGCAGGAAAGCGCGGGGAACUUCUCGUCUCCGGGUUUCCCUAGCGGUUACUCGGCCUACACACACUGUGUUUGGAGAAUCUCUGUCACUCCAGGAGAAAAGAUUGUCCUUAACUUUACCUCCAUGGACCUGUUCAGGAGUCAUUUGUGCUGGUACGACCACUUGGAGGUCCGAGAUGGCUUCUGGAGGAAAGCUCCUCUUAAAGGCCGUUUUUGUGGGGACACACUCCCGGAUCCAAUCAUCUCUACGGACAGUCGACUUUGGGUUGAAUUCAGAAGCAGCAGCAGCUGGCUGGGAAAAGGCUUCUCGGCUGUUUAUGAAGCUAUUUGUGGUGGAGAGCUGAAGAAGGACAGCGGUCAGAUCCAGUCUCCUAAUUAUCCUGAUGAUUAUCAGUCCAACAAAGUGUGUGUGUGGCGGAUCACAGUGGCAGAGGGGUUCCAGGUCGGCCUCUCCUUUCAGUCAUUUGAGACUGAGAAGCAUGACAUCUGUACCUACGACUAUGUGGAGGUGAGGGAUGGCAGCUCAGAGAGCAGCCCGUUACUCGGCCGUUUCUGUGGCUACGAAAAACCAGAAAACAUCAAAAGUAGCUCCAACCAGCUCUGGCUCAAGUUUGCGUCUGAUGGGUCGGUCAACAAAGCUGGGUUUGCAGCCAGCUUUUUAAAAGAGAUGGACGAGUGCUCCAGUCCAGAGAAGGGUCAGUGUGAGCAGCGCUGUGUGAACACGCUAGGCAGCUACAGAUGUGCAUGUGACCCUGGGUAUGAGCUGGCAGCCAACCGACGCAGCUGUGAGGCAGCUGCUUGUGGCGGCUUCAUCGCCAGUCUGAACGGCUCCCUCACCACGCCCGGCUGGCCCAACGAGUACCCCCACAACAAGAACUGUGUGUGGCAGCUGGUGGCCCCUGCUCAGUACCGGAUCACCCUGGUGUUUGACGGCUUUGAAACCGAGGGCAACGACGUGUGUAAAUACGACUAUGUGGAAGUACGUAGCGGGCUGAGCUCAGACUCAAAGCUUCAAGGGAAAUUCUGUGGCUCAGAGAAACCCGACGUCAUCACCUCGCUCCAAAACAACAUGAGGAUUGAGUUUAAAUCGGACAACACUGUGUCCAAAAAGGGCUUCAAGGCUCACUUCUUCUCUGAUGUGGACGAGUGCUCCAAAUCUAACGGUGGCUGCCAGCACGAGUGUGUGAACACGUUUGGGAGCUACAGCUGUCAGUGUCGCAGUGGCUUCAUGCUGCAUGACAAUAAACACGACUGCAAGGAAGCUGGAUGUGAUCAUUCUGUAAACAGCGUCUCCGGCACCAUCAGCAGCCCUAACUGGCCUGAUAAAUACCCCAGUAAGAAAGCCUGUACUUGGUCUCUGUCCACGUCGCCGGGUCAUCGAAUCAAACUCGUUUUUAACGAGGUCGACAUGGAGGCUCAUCUGGAGUGUGCUUAUGACCAUUUGGAGAUCUUUGAUGGGAACGACAUUCGUGCACCAACUUUGGGGCGUUUUUGCGGCUCCAGAAAGCCGUCUCCUGUUGUCUCCAGCAGCAACAGCAUGUUCCUCCGCUUUUUCUCCGAUAACUCGGUGCAGAAGAGAGGGUUUGAGGCUUCAUACAGAGCAGAAUGUGGAGGAAACCUUAAAGCCGAGGUCAAGACGAAAGAGCUGUACUCUCAUGCUCAGUUUGGAGAUAACAACUACCCCGGGGGCUCCGACUGUCUGUGGGUGGUCACCGCUGAGAAGGGGUAUGGAGUGGAGAUGAUCUUCCAAGUGUUUGACACCGAAGAGGAGGCAGACUGCGGGUACGAUUACGUGGAGCUGUACGAUGGCGCCGAUGUCAAGUCUCCAAGGCUGGGACGGUACUGUGGAUCAGGGACUCCAGAGGAUGUCUACUCAGCCGGAGACGCCAUUACUUUGAAGUUUCACUCAGACGACAGCAUCAGUAAAAAGGGUUUUCACGCACGCUACACCAGCACCAAGUUCCAGGACACGUUACACACAAGCGACUGACUUGCAGAUGCUAAUGUUUUGAGGGUCACGCCUGUUUCCAGGCGAGGAGUAAAUGCUUGGGUUGGUACCACAGAAACCAACCCAGCAUACUUCACAUUUAGAUCCUGAAAAAGAGACGUGUCCUCAUUUUAUAGCUUUAGUUCACAACGAAUUGAGCAAAUAAUUCAAGUAGAUUCAGUCAUGUUAUAAAAACAGUAUUAAGGUAUAAAAUGUAUAUUUUGAAAUAUAGCUUGCAUGUAUUUUUGUGUGAUUUGAGUGGAAUAAAUGAUCAACUAGAGAAAUAUGAUGGAUUUUAAACUUACUGAUGGACAAAUACCAAUAAACUUAAUUUAACUGGA